AUGCUCGACACGGAGACGGCGCAGGGAGACCUCGGCUGGGUCGCCUUCCCUCCUGACGGGGCGCAGUGCGGCCCCGCCGCGCCCCGCCAGGACAAGUGGCUGCGCACCGACUGGGUCCCGCGUGGCGACGCUCUCCGCGUCUUCCUCGAGGUCCGCUUCCGUUACCGUCGCCGCUGCCCCCGGGGCCUCCCGGCCUCCACCACCACCGCCACCACCGCCACCACCGCCGGCACCGGCUGCGUCAGCGACGCGCUGGAAGUUUACUACCGGGAGUCGGACGACGCCGGGGACGUCCCCGCCGGCGUCUUCGCGGACGACGAGCGGCGGCUCUUCUCCAAGGUCGACUCGGUCGGCUGGGACAGGUCGGAGGUCGGGGAGACCACGGCGUCGUGCGACGUGGGGCCCCUCUCCCGGGGCGGCCUCCGCCUGGCGUUCCGCGACACGGGGGCCUGCGCCCGGCUGCUGUCCGUGCGACUCUUCCACAGGCGCUGCCCGGCGCUGGCGCUCGGACUCGCCGUGUUCCCCGACGCGCCGGCCGCCGGCGACGGGCGGUGGGCGCUGUCGGAGGUGGCCGGGGCGUGCGUGGGCCACUCGCUCCGGGCCCAGGGGGAGCCGGGCCCGGCGAUGCUCUGUGACGCUGACGGCGAGUGGGCGAGCCUCAGCGGGAGCUGCGUCUGCCAUGCCGGGUACCAGCAGGCGGGGAAUGCCUGCCGAGCGUGUGAGCAGGGCUGGUACAAGGAGACGGCGGGAGACGGCUCCUGCUCCCCGUGCCCGCCGCACAGCGCGGGGAGCGCUGGCGGGGCCACGUCCUGCGCCUGCCACGACGGGUACUUCAGGCCCAGAGACGAGGCCCAGUCCGUGGCCUGCGCAAAGCCUCCGUCUGCCCCCACGGACGUCACGUGGACGGCGCUCACCCCCACUUCGCUGAUGCUCCGGUGGCGCCCGCCGGCGGCUCCCGGCGGGCGCCCCGACCUCGCCUACUCCGUCGAGUGCCGCCGCCACCACCGCCGCCUCCGGCAGGAGCAGCAGCAGCAGGAGCAGCAGCAGCAGCAGCCGGCGCCAUGCGGGGCGGCCGUGAGGUUCCGGCCUCCGCCGGUGCCGCCGCUGCCCAACGGCUCGUGCUGCUGGGCGGAGGUGAGCGGCCUGCAGGAGAACGCCGCCUACACGCUGGAGGUGCACGCCACCAACGGAGUGUCCAGCCUCAGCGGAGGCCCGUCGCUGUUCGCCGCCGUGAACGUCAGCACCUCCGUGGCGCCCCCGUCCCCCGUGGUGCGUGUCCAGGCGGGGAUCGUCUCGGAAGACUCCGUCCUGGUGACCUGGCUCGAGCCAGAGCAGCCCAACGGCUUCAUUCUGGACUACGAAGUCACGUGCUACGAAGAGGAUGACGAUGAUGACGACGCUGACACUGACGAGGCUGACGACACUGACACUGACGAGGCUGAGUUGAUGCGGCUGCUCUGCAGCGAGCCGCGUGUGACGGUGGGGGGGCUCCGCCGUGCGGCGGGCUACUCGCUGCGGGUUCGCGCUCGCAACGCCGCCGGCUACGGGGACUACAGCCCCACACUCUACUUCCACACGUCUCGCGAACGAUGUAUUUGCUCGCCCCUCCCCCCAGCGAAAUUGACGCAGGAGGUGGUCAUCUGGGCCGCCUCGGUGUCCGCUCUCCUCGCGGGUCUGCUGCUCAUCGCUGCUUCUUUCAUCAUCGUCAAGAAGAGGAGGUGCGGUCACUGCUGGACAAAGUGGGAGUCUCCCCAAGAGACGCGACCUCGCUUCUACAGCGUGCGGGUGAAGAUGCCGGGUUUCAGGCUGUACAUCGACCCACACGACUACGACCUGCCCAGUGACGCUCUCCGCGAGUUCGCCAAGGAAAUCGAUGCUUCGCGAAUCAAACUCGGACAGGUCAUCGGAGCAGGAGAGUUUGGCAAGGUGCGCAUCGGAUACCUGAAGCGUGAGGGCAGCAGCGGAGGGGCAGCGACGGUGAGCGUGGCCGUCAAGACGCUGAAGGGCAGAUCCAACGAGCAGCAGCAGCAAGACUUCCUGUGCGAGGCGAGCGUCAUGGGCCAGUUCGACCAUCGCAACAUCGUCCGCCUGGAGGGCGUCGUCACCAAGAGUAAACCCGUCAUGAUCAUCACCGAAUUCAUGGAAAACCAUUCCUUGGAUGUGUUCCUCAGGAAGAAGAAGGGCCACUUGCUGUUGCCCCAGCUGGUGGGGAUGCUGCGGGACGUGGCGUGCGGCAUGCGGCACCUGUCCCGCGUGGGCUACGUGCACCGGGACCUGGCCGCCCGCAACGUGCUCGUGAGCGGCGAGCUCACGUGCAAGGUGUCCGACUUCGGACUCUCGCGGAUGCUUCUGCCGGACGACCACUCCGACGCGGUGUACACCACCCGGGGGGGGAAGAUCCCCAUCCGCUGGACCGCCCCGGAGGCGAUUUCCCAGCUCAGGUUCACGUCGGCAAGCGACGUGUGGAGCUACGGCGUCGUCAUGUGGGAGGUGAUGACACACGGCGAGCGGCCAUACUGGGACAUGAGCAACCGGGACGUGAUGGAGGCAGUGGAAGGUGGCUGGCGACUGCCACGUCCCAUGGGAUGUCCCAUGUGUCUCCGCCGCCUCAUGCUGAGCUGCUGGCACGCGGAGAGCUCCUGUCGACCCUCGUUCAGCCAGCUCGUCACCACCAUCACCGACGCCCCGCCCAGCACGGCCAGACAGGACUCUACUGCCGUAGGCAACGACCCGUUCGACCCCGUUGACAACCUGCGAAAGCACCGCGCCGAUGCCGAGAGAAUCCAUCCAUGCCUCAUCGACACCCACCUGCGUCCCGAACGCCGACGCCUCACCGACAUGAGCCGCGACAGAGUCAGUGUGCAGCGGCAGCGACGCAUGUGCAACGACAGCCCCUCGCGGCCGGCGGACGGGCGGACGAUGGUGGAUGACCCGGAGCCCGGCGCCGGGGUGCUGGGCAACCCGAUGCCAGGCCUGGGUAUCCGGGACCUCGUCAACUCUUGCAGCGGCGCACGCAGCCACCUGCCCAUCCCACUGGAGGAGCAACUCUGUGUGCAGGUAAUGUGCCGCCCCCAGCGAGGAAAGGUUAGCUUCGUCUUUGACGUGGAUGGCAAUCCUCAGUUCCUGAGCCAGCAGCAGCAACUUCUCAAAAGUGACGUCAUCCCCGGUGGCCGCAUUCCCGGCGGAAGUGACGUCUCCCCCUCCGGAGGUUACGUCAAAGUUUUGCGCGGGAAUGGCGCGUUUCUCGGCGGGAACCCGUCCCAUCCUCCGGCCUGGUACUCCACCCGGCGCUCCCGCUCCCCCCAGCGUGAGCUCGUCGAGGAUGGAGGCAGCGGCAUGGAGGAGAUCGGCCAGCCGGGCAUGGGCCGACUGGAUCGCCCAUCCCGACGUCGGCGGACUCCUGGAGGGCCCCGCAGACCCGUCCUCCGGAAAUGGCGCUCCCGCCUCCGGCUCAGCGUCUCCCUCGACGUCCUUCUCCUGGCCCCUGUCCGUCUAAAUGAUUGUAAUUUGGUGCAGGUCCAGCAUGAGCACCUCCACUACCGCUAUGAGGUGCUGAAGAAGAUUGGGGAAGGAGGUCAAGGCCAGGUGAUCCGGUGCCUUGACCACAUGAGGAACACCCUGGUGGCCGUGAAGAUCUUGGUAUCACCAUUGAGCUCCAAGCGUGAUACAUCUCAGAGAAUGGAGAUCAAGAUGGCUCUGGAACUUCAGGGCGAGGGCAGUGAUGCGGACUACAACGUCGUCAAAGUCCUGAACCAUUUUGACUUCAGAGGACACCACUGCAUUGUCCUGGAGCUGUUGAAGGGCAUACUCAAGUUCCUUUGCCACACCAAGGCCAGGAGCAUCAUCCAUGCGGACAUCAAGCCAAAAAAUGUUCCAAUCAAGGACACCGUGACCGGCACCAUCAGGGUCACGGACUUUGGCACCAGCUUUUUUGUGAAACGUCAACAUCGUGUGGGCAUGAUGUUCUACCCAGUCAAGAGAAGGGUGCCAGGGAGCUUGUCACUUCACGGGGCACUCAAAAACCACGACCCGGAGUUUGUUGAAUUCAUCAGCUCCUGCCUGCGGUAA